AUGACGAGUUUCAUGAUAGUAUCGACAAAAGUCAAGAACAGAGCUGAAGACAAAGCCGCGCCGUUCGUCCAUCCCGGUAUGAGCUUAGGCACGAUGGGGGGUGGCACCGGUGGGGCCCCGAUGUGUUCGGCUGGAGAUUCCGAAGCUCCAACUUUUAUCAUGGAACGCUUCCCACUCAAGUCUUCCGCGAACAAAAUGGCUGCGACGUACCAGUCGGUUUACAAAAAGGGGGCAGGCAGCACGAAUGGUCGCGGGGUGGCGUCGACGGGGGAAGAGGACAUGGUAGACAUAACGCCGGGGCUGCAACAGGCGGCCGUAACCUCGCCCACAACCCCCACCAACCACGGCACCUUCCAGCUGUACGAGCACAGCGGCAGAAACUCAAACGCCAGAAGCAACUGGGACGCAGUUAUAUUUUCCGGUAUGCAGGGUGAUACUGAUGAUAUCCCUGGAAUUGGCCAAUAUGAUGAUUUCCAUACUAUUGAUUGGCAGCGUGACAUUGCUAGGGACCGGAUGAGACACAGAUACAUUGUUAAGAAAAGGCAAGAUUCAUUGUGGGAUCUUAUAAAAGGUGCACAUGAUGCAUGGUCUGGUUGGGUCUGCGUGCUAUUGGUGGGAGUUUGUACCGGAGUUGUGGCUGGUGUUAUAGAUAUUGGAGCUUCUUGGAUGACCGAUCUCAAAUUUGGUAUAUGCUCUCAAGCAUUUUGGUUUAACCGAGAACAAUGCUGUUGGUCAAGUGAUGAGACCACAUUUGAUCAAGGCAAUUGCUCACAGUGGCUCACUUGGCCCCAAGUGUUUGGCGAAUCGCGUGAAGGUGCUGGAGCAUACAUCAUUAGCUAUCUAUUUUACAUUGUGUGGGCACUCACAUUUGCUGCUCUCUCUGCUUCCCUUGUACGCAUGUUUGCACCUUACGCCUGUGGUUCUGGUAUACCAGAGAUAAAAACAAUCUUGAGUGGCUUUAUUAUCCGUGGGUACCUUGGAAAAUGGACUCUCAUCAUCAAGGUUGUGGGGUUGAUAUUGUCUGUGUCAUCUGGUCUGUCCCUGGGAAAGGAAGGUCCCAUGGUGCACAUUGCUAGUUGCCUUGGUAACAUCUUAUCUUAUCUGUUCCCGAAGUAUGGUCGCAAUGAGGCUAAAAAGCGUGAAAUUCUGUCUGCUGCCGCCGCUGCAGGCGUUUCCGUUGCUUUUGGUGCACCUAUUGGCGGUGUUCUUUUCAGUCUUGAAGAGGUUUCCUACUAUUUCCCAUUGAAGACACUGUGGCGUUCCUUCUUCUGUGCUUUGAUCGCGGCUUUCAUUCUGCGUUCUAUCAAUCCUUUUGGGAAUGAGCAUUCUGUUCUGUUUUUCGUUGAGUAUAACAAGCCGUGGAUAUUCUUUGAGCUGAUUCCUUUUGUCGGCCUUGGAAUUAUCGGGGGUUGCAUUGCAACUAUAUUCAUCAAAGCAAACAUAUACUGGUGUCGUUACCGUAAAUAUUCGAAGCUCGGCCAAUAUCCAGUGACUGAAGUUCUUGUGGUCACCCUAGUGACAGCUAUCAUCGCCUACCCUAAUCCAUAUACGCGUAUGAACACAAGUCAGCUUAUCUAUCUACUGUUCAAUCAAUGUGGAAUAUCCAACUCUGACCCUCUAUGUGACUACAACCGUAAUUUCACGGAUGUGAACUCCGCCAUUGAGAAGGCCGCUGCUGGUCCUGGCGUUUAUCACGCCAUAUGGCUGUUGUUCCUUGCGUUGGUCUUAAAACUCGUCAUGACUGUAUUCACUUUUGGCAUCAAAGUACCCUGUGGUCUCUUCAUCCCCAGUCUUGCACUUGGAGCUAUCGCUGGUCGUAUUGUUGGCAUUGGAGUGGAACAAUUGGCAUACAAAUAUCCCAAGAUUUGGCUUUUCUCCGGCGAAUGUUCCACUGGGGAUGACUGCAUAACACCUGGGUUGUAUGCAAUGGUUGGCGCUGCGGCCGUACUUGGUGGUGUAACCAGAAUGACAGUUUCCCUAGUGGUGAUAAUGUUCGAGUUGACGGGUGGGGUGCGCUAUAUUGUUCCCCUAAUGGCAGCGGCAAUGGCAUCUAAAUGGGUUGGUGACGCCCUGGGAAGGCAGGGUAUAUAUGAUGCUCAUAUCGCCCUCAAUGGAUAUCCAUUCCUUGACAGUAAAGAUGAGUUCCAGCACACAUCACUUGCCGCAGAUGUUAUGCAGCCUAAGCGUAACGAGACUUUGGCUGUGAUUACACAGGAUUCAAUGACAGUGGAUGAUGUAGAAACACUUCUUAAAGAAACUGAGCAUAAUGGAUACCCUGUGGUAGUGUCCAAAGAGUCGCAAUAUCUAGUUGGCUUUGUCCUGCGCAGGGAUCUGAACUUGGCUAUAGCGAACGCGCGCAGGACCAUCGAGGGCAUCACCGGCCAGUCGGUGGUGAUAUUCGCGGGCAACGGCAACCCGCCCCCCGGCCCGCCGACCUAUCUGCCGCUGAACCGUAUUCUGGACAUGGCACCCAUCACGGUCACUGAUCAGACCCCCAUGGAGACUGUGGUCGACAUGUUCCGCAAGCUGGGCCUCAGGCAGACCCUCGUCACACACAAUGGACGUCUGCUGGGCGUUAUCACCAAGAAGGACGUGCUACGGCACGUGAAGCAGAUGGACAAUGAGGAUCCCAAUUCAGUACUGUUCAAC